GAGGAGCUAGGCUCUUGUUGAGGCAGUUACAGAGUGCUGAAAUGAUAGGCAGAAGGCUGGCAGGUCUGUCCUAGGGCAGAUGGGUCCCCUGAUACAGACGUUGGGGCCAAAGCCCUGGGAUUGGCCUAAAACAGGGCUGUGUUGACCCAUCAGCUGGGCUUUGGCAUCCUGUCAAAUCUCAUCCAGACGUAAAAAUAACAGCCUAGAGUUAGUGCUGGGGCAGUCUGCCUGACUCAGGGUGGGAGAGGAAGCAACAAUGCAGGUGUUAACCAAGAACUACCCCAAGAACUGCCUGCUGACCGUCAUGGACCGGUACUCGGCUGUGGUGCACAACAUGGAGCAGGUGGUGAUGUUCCCCAGCCUUCUGCAGGAUGUGCAGCUAAGUGCGCAUGGGCACUGGGCUGGGGGUCCGGAUCUCUACAAAUGCUUCACCAUGCUCAAGGCUAUCUGCGUGGAUGUGGACCACGGGCUGCUGCCCCGGGAGGAGUGGCAGGUCAAGAUGGCAGGUGGUGAAGCCAGUGAGGCCGAGAAUGAAGCUGCAGCAAUGGAGGAAGCCAACGGGGAGGUCUUGAGACAGCUGGAUCUAGAAGCCCAGUUCCACCUGCACUUCUCUAGCCUUCAUCACAUCCUCACCUGCCUUACCUUGAAAGCCGAGGAAGUGACGAAGAUAUACCAGGAGAUAACAGGACAGGUAUAUAGGCCUCGGACUCUGGGAUGAAAAAACUGGAGGCCUGAGAAGUGAAAUGAGUCCAAGGUUGCUCAGGAAAUGGCAGAGCUGAGAUGUGAAUGAACCCUGGCCUAACUCGCACCUAAUUCUUUUCCUCUACACCAGUGAAUUUCCUUAGUGCCAUAGAAUUCUGCAGCCUGAGCUGGUGGUGGGAAUUGGGGAUAGCAGAGUGGAUAGAACACCCAGUCCUUGACCAACCAAACUGCUUUGAAGACAAUAGCAGCGAUUCUACACCACAAUGCUUCAGCACACCCUAACCUAACUGAUUUUUGUGGCGGCCGUGUGGUAUAGCAGAAGUUUACCUGGGCUCUUCAUUUAAAAAAAAGAGAAAAGAAAUCUUACCAUUUGCAACAACAUGGAUGGACCUAGAGGGUAUUAUGC